UUGAAACAAAUAACUAUUAUAAUGAAAGACUAUAAAGAUCUCCAAAAAGCAACUUCAACUCUGAAGAUCAUCAAUUUGGUGCUGCUCGUACUUGACUUGGUGCUGGUACUUCUACCCUUAAGAGGUGGGGAUGGAACUUCUGAAGGACUGUUUAAGAGAGAGGGAUAUUGUUUGUAUUUCACUUGAUCUUUCUCAUUCCAAGUGCAGUCUACCAAUUGUCUUCUUCAGACUUCAGAUCUAACCAUACAUUCAGACUCUUCUCUACAGUUAUCAGUAUUUUUGUGAUUGGAGUGAGUGCUUAUAUCUAUGUUCUUCUCCUCCAAAGCGAUGGUGCAAGCAUUUUCUUACUUUAUUACAUGAUUCUACUUUUUGUCGGACUCCCAGGAACUUUGAUAUCUAUCUCUCUGCUGCUCCUCCUAGCCUUCGGAGUGGAGGCUCCAAGAAUGAUUAAUGCUGCUCAGAUCCCAGGAAAUCUCGGAACUCCAAUGGUGUACGAUUUUGAGUCAAAUCUCAAAUUUAGUCCAGAACCCAAAGAUUGUGACUCCAGUCUCUCUUAAUUUGACAUACCAAUUUCUAUUCAGUUC